AUGUCACAUCAAUAUCUGCUUGAGUUCUGUUGGGGACUUGCAAAGAGCAAUUGUCCGUUCUUAUGGAUAAUACGUCCAGAUCUUGUGGAUGGCAAAUCUGUCGUGCUUCCACCAGAGUUUUUGGAAGAGAUAAGCAGUAGAGGGAUGUUAGCUAGUUGGUGCCCACAAGAACAAGUUCUAUAUCACCCAUCAAUUGGAGGAUUUCUAACACACAGUGGAUGGAAUUCGACAAUUGAAAGUAUUUCCAGUGGAGUCCCAAUGAUCUGUUGGCCGUUUUUUGCUUACCAACUAACCAACUGUUGGUCGUGUUGCAACAAGUAG